CGGACAACGAGGAGACUGCAUCAGACAACGAGAUGCUGGACGAUUGUCCACAGGCGGUUGAUACCGCACAGGACCAUCGUCUUGCGGACCAAGAAAGAAAGAUGGGAGCAAGUACAAUGGAGAUCGCGGCUCGCGACUUGGUCGCAAAAGGCUAUGUCGUGUUCACGGCAAGCACCCAGUGGGACGCCAAGGCAAAGAGAGGGAAGGGAGGGAAGAAAAUGAUACCCCCACGGGAUUGGCCGGCCUCUACCUUAGCCGAUUGCCUGACCGACCGCUUCUUCCAGCCCUACAACAAUACGCUGCUAAUCAACACGGCAGCGUCCGGAGUCGUCGUGCUCGACUUUGACGUUGGCGACGGGGGCAUGGAGCAGCUUGCUCUCUGGGAGACCGAGCACGGCGCGUUUGAUGCUCCUCGAGUGCGCACAGGCAGUGGGGGAGUGCACAUCUACUUCUCUCACCGAAGAAGCCUUGCGUCAGGGUUGGGCGUGGAGACGCCGACCCACUUUGCAAAGCUGGAGCUGAGGGUCCGAGAUCCGACAUCUGGAAAGGAGGUUCUAAAGAAGGUGGGAGUCGACAUGAGGGGCGUCAGCUCGAACGGCAUGAUCGCUUGCCCGCCGUCAUCAUAUGAGCGACUCGGGGAGACAGCACGGUACACGGUCGACGGCGGAGGCGAGCUUCCCCUGGCAGAAGAUCUGCCUCCCCUUCCGAAAUGGUUGAUCGAGAUUCUGAACGAGCGAGCGUCCAGGGGUUCCGGGGAGCGCUCGGAAGGGCCAUCAGAGGUUCUCAGCGGGGCCGGGCCCAGCGCAAGGGCCAGUGCGGGGUUUGAGGCGCCGGACUUGACGGAUCGCGGGCUGCAGCAGGAAGUGGUCGAGGUGAUGCGAGGCAUGCUCAGCAGUUUCGGCGACAACUCCUCCGUCUUCUCGAAGGCAGAGCCGAGCACGGUUGCUGGUCUAGGGGCGGUGAUGUACCACUGGCGGAAUGAUGGGGGAGGGCGGAUGUGUCCGUAUGCGGAGGAGGGGGCGUGCAGCCGCACAGCAGCAACAAUUUUGGGCUCUUGA